GAAUGGCUGGCGAAGUACACGGUACAUACACUCACGCCGACUUCAGCCCAAAGUCUAAGACAUACAUACAUGGCUGAAAGGUACCUGUAUAAAUAACACCAACAUCGCUUUUUAAAUCGACGGGCGCCCCCGUUCUCCCGUGCAAAUAGAUUGCGGAUCCAGGUAUUCGGAAUUCCUCGUCUAGUCGCACUUUAUAUGUACUAGAGAUAGCCGGACCAGACGCAUUAAGAUUUCUGUCAAACGCUUUGACAUACUUUGCAACUCUCGCAUUUCCCCAUCUCGUUUGGAUUGGUAUCGGAAGUGAUAAAAGAUAAAAGAUGGAUAUGUCAACGAGUAUGAGCAUGUCCAUGUCUAUGGACAUGUCGUCUACAGCAACUGCUACUGCCGCAGCGUCAACGUCGACUGGGUCGUCUAUGGAUAUGAGCGGGAUGUCAAUGGGGGGCGAUAGCUGCAAGAUUUCCAUGCUUUGGAAUUGGAACACCAUCGAUGCGUGUUUCCUCGCCUCAUCAUGGCACAUUACGUCGUCCGGAAUGUUCGCUGGCUCUUGCAUUGGCGUCAUACUAUUGACUAUGUCGUUGGAGUUUCUACGCAGGACCGUAAAGGAAUAUGAUCGUUAUCUUGUCCGAAAACACACCUCAGUCCCUGUUGCUGCCAUGCCGACGUCUUCUAAAGACAGUGACAGCAAGGAUGCGAUAACGAGUUCGGCACCUCUUAACCCGGGCGCAAGGAAUUCAGUAGGCUUCAGACCAACGAUAUUCGAGCAAGCUAUUCGGGCGUUACUGCACAUGGUCCAGUUCGCGGUGGCGUAUUUCAUCAUGUUAUUAGCAAUGUACUUCAACGGUUACAUCAUCAUCUGCAUCUUUAUCGGGGCUUACAUUGGCGCCUUUAUCUUCCAUUGGGAGUAUAUCGACGGAGGGCGCGGUGCGACUAGUGCGAGUCAGGAGCCUACUGUGUGCUGCGCGUAGAUUUGCCGCUCGGGUUGUUGACGUGUCACCGAGUAUCACGACGUCGUCUUUGUCAUACGAGGUUUCGGAGAGUGACGAAGCAGCUUAUGUGGGUUUUGAGGGAUACAACACUAUGUUGAUCAUAGGGUAGUUGAUAAUAGGCUUAUAAUUAUAGGUAGGUUUGGGUGUUUGUGUGAGACCUAGUAAGGAAGACAGGUGCGUAGGGUUGGGCUUAUCAUUGUCGCUGUUCCUCCGUUAGGUCAUGGCGGAGCGGUGAGAUCAUACCUACUUACAAUUACUAGUUACUGUCCCUUCUUGAAUGAAUAUUAAGGCAUCUCAUUAAUACUGAGUGGAUUCCUAUUUCUUCUUUCCGUGUUGUUUUCGGCUGAUACAUGUUAUCCAACAAACUGAUUAUGUAAUCAACCCCUGAGCCAUCAGUUACCUACCUACCUACCUACCUGGACUCGAAAGCAUAGUACGAAAAAAUAAACCAAAAUAACCUAUUGUUUAUAA